AUGGCCGGGACAAGGCGAUCUUCACGCCUCAGCGCUGCCACCCAGGCGAUGCCUCCCCCAGCAGCGCCGGCCGCACCCACCACCAACGGCCGCAAGCGCAAGGCCGCCGCAGAGCCGCAAGCCGAGGCGCCCUCGACGCCCAAGAAGAAGCGCAUCGUCGCGCCGCCGCCGCUGACGCCGACCCCCAGCGCCGUGGGCAUCAUUGCCGAGCCGGCGCUCCACAACGGUCCGCAGCCGGCCACCGUCGCCCGUCUCGCGGACCCGCGCGGCACCAACGCGAUGCUGCUGUCGCCCGAGACCUCACGGCUGAUUGCGCCGCGCGACGAGGCGCCGCCGUCGCCGUCCAAGGGCCGGGGCAAGCCGCCACCGACGACGACGACCACGCAGACGCUGCUGCAGGAAGCGUGCGACCACCUCAUCAGCGUCGACGAGCGCAUGCGGCCGCUCAUCGCAAAGCACACGUGCCGCGCCUUUUCACCCGAGGGCCUGGCGGAAAAGGUCGACCCGUUUGAGAGCCUCUCGAGCGGCAUCAUCUCGCAGCAGGUGUCUGGCGCGGCGGCCAAGUCGAUCAAGAACAAGUUUGUCGCCCUCUUCGCCGCCGACAGCGCAGCAGCAGCACGCUUCCCGCACCCGUCGCAGGUGGCCGCCACGCCGCUCGACACGCUGCGCACGGCGGGCCUGUCGCAGCGCAAGGCCGAGUACAUCCAGGGCCUGGCGGGGCGGUUCGCGUCGGGCGAGCUGAGCGCGCAGAUGCUGCGGGACGCGCCGUACGACGAGGUGCUGGCGCGGCUGACGGCGGUGCGCGGGCUGGGAAGGUGGUCGGUCGAGAUGUUUGCGUGCUUUGGGCUCAAGCGCAUGGACGUCUUUGCGCUCGGCGACCUGGGCGUGCAGCGCGGCAUGGCCGCGUUUGAGGGCCGCGACGUGGCCAAGCUGCGCACCAAGGGCGGCAAGUGGAAGUACAUGUCGGAGCAGGACAUGGUGGCGCUGUCGGACAGGUUCGCGCCGUAUCGCAGCCUGUUCAUGUGGUACAUGUGGCGGGUGGAGGAGACGGACAUUAGCACCAUGGAGUCGUAG